ACUACCUUGGCGUUACAAGCGCCGUGCUCUACCAGCUGAGCUACAGAGGACCACAUAUAGCAAAUAUUACGGUAUCGGUGAGGAUGCACUGGCCACCGUGGAGAGCUUGGACCGUGUUGUCACGGUUGAGGAGGAUAAUGAGCCCACCCUGGACCAGGAGGACCCAGUCCUUGUUCAGUAUGUGGUUGAGGAGGUUGGGCACCGGCCCUGUCUGGCUUUAAUCCCUUGGUCUGGACCUCUGUGGGUUCCCAGCUCUCCAACAUAUUACCUUACCCAUGCUGGGAGGAUGCUGGUGAGAGAGCUGGCAGUGUUAAACACGCAGAUAUUCACAGUGGAGCAGCCCAUUUUCAUCUGUUUCACUCCUGCUAGGAGGAUGGUAUGGAAUGAACUGUCCUCUCAAAAUGAACAGGUAGCCAUUCAUAUGCAGUAUGUGGAUGAGGAGGUUGGGCACCGGUCCUGUCUGGCUUUAAUCCCUUGGUCUGGACCCUUGUGUGUUCCUAUCUUUCCUGUCUUCUCCAAGGCCAAACCAGUCUACUACCUCACUCGUGCUGGGAGAAUGCUGGUAACAGAGCUUGCAGUGUUAAACACACAGACUUCCAAAUUGAGCGACUUAUCCAUUCACCUCACUGAAGCUGGGAGGCUAGUGCUUGACGAACUGUCAGCACCUUCAGAUAGCCAUUCACAGCCAAAUAGGGAAGACUCUGGUUUUCCCUAUGAGAAGUUGCAGCUGGUUGGGAACUGGGGUUCGUUUCAUUUCCAUUACUGGAAUAUCCAUUAUGGACGAGUGCAGCAAAAUGAAGAGGACAUGCAUCACCUGUGCAUUGUGAGGGGAGUAGAGAAGCAGCUGUGGUGGAGCAGAGUCAUCCAGGAAAAAAUCCUGGACCCAUGGGGUCUCGUCCAGGUGGUCCUCACCAACAAGAAGCUGACUGGUAUUAAGUUCCUUGGUAGAAGGAUCCAUGGACUCAUGUCCUGCCUUGUCAAGAGGAGGUCUGAGUUCACCUAUUAUGAGGAUGCCCAGCAGGUGGAUAUCUCCACCACAGUGGAGGGGUACCAGGAGAGGGGGAUGAGAUGA